AUGUCAUCGUCCAUAUUUCAUCUCCAACCCGGCAGCGCCUCGGUCGUGCUUUACCCACCUGCCUCUGCCUUGCCCCUGAAUCCUCGCACGGGGAGAAGAAGCCUCACCAAGUUGAGGAGACUGGACCGAUCCUCCGAGUUGGCGCCGGCAGAUGUACUACAUGAUGCCCUCUACGAACCUGCUGCCUCGAAACCGCCCAUUAUCGAUCUUUCUACUACUCUUUCCUUGUCGGAUUCGCUUGAUACCCCUUUACUCUUUCCACACCUACUCUACCGCGAGGAUCAGCCGCACCGUCUUCUCAAGAAGCCCGCUGUCUGCGCAGCGACCGACUUGAUGGGAUCUCCGGAAGUUCGCAUCAUGGAAGAGCCAGAUUUGAGACUGUCGCCAACAUCCGACACGAUCGAUGCGAGCCCGUCCUCCAUCUCCGAGGUGUCCUCGGAGAGCAUCCCUGACAUGGAGGAGCAACUGGUUGAUAAAGACCGCCAACCCUCAGGGGCAACAACAGCCGUGGAUCAAAACCUAGCCACCACCCAAGCACGCAAAUCCCCCCAAGCUGUCAAUGACCCCAGGAAUGUUGUCCGCCGAAAGUUGACGGGCUAUGUUGGUUUUGCCAACCUCCCAAACCAAUGGCAUCGCAAGAGUGUCCGCAAGGGCUUCAACUUCAACGUCAUGGUUGUCGGUGAAUCUGGCCUCGGAAAGGAGCCCAAGGGACCUAGCCACGACAUCAUUCCUAAGACUGUAACCAUCCAGUCGAUCAGCGCCGAUAUCGAGGAGGCCGGUGUCCGUCUCCGACUUACCGUGGUUGAUACCCCCGGCUUCGGCGACUUUGUUAACAACGACGAGUCGUGGCGACCCAUUGUCGAGAACAUUGAGCAACGCUUCGAUGCUUACCUCGAUGCCGAGAACAAGGUUAACCGCAUGAACAUUGUUGACAACCGCAUUCAUGCCUGCGUCUUCUUCAUCCAGCCUACUGGCCACUCAUUGAAGCCCCUUGACAUUGAGGUUAUGCGCCGUCUCCAUACCAAGGUCAACCUCAUUCCUGUCAUUGCCAAGUCUGAUACUCUCACCGACGAUGAGAUCAUCAGCUUCAAGGCUAGGAUUUUGGCCGACAUCAAGUACCACGGUAUCCAGAUCUUCGAGGGUCCUCGAUAUGAGCUUGACGAUGAGGAGACCAUCGCCGAGAACAACGAGAUCAUGUCCAAGGUUCCCUUCGCUGUGGUUGGUGCCACCAAUGAGAUCACCAGCCCCGACGGUCGCAAGGUCCGUGGCCGACGCUACCCUUGGGGUGUUAUCGAGGUUGAUAACGAGGAGCACUGCGAUUUUGUCAAGCUUCGACAGAUGCUCAUCCGAACUCACAUGGAGGAGCUCAAGGAGCAUACCAACAACAACUUGUACGAGAACUACAGAACCGACAAGUUGAUCGGUAUGGGCGUCUCCCAGGAUCCCAGCGUCUUCAAGGAGGUCAACCCUGCCGUCAAGCAAGAGGAGGAGCGCGCUCUCCACGAGCAGAAGCUCGCCAAGAUGGAGGCCGAAAUGAAGAUGGUCUUCCAGCAGAAGGUGGCGGAGAAGGAAAGCAAACUGAAGCAGAGCGAAGAAGAACUCUACGCGCGUCAUCGCGAGAUGAAGGAGCAGCUCGACCGCCAACGACACGAACUCGAAGAGAAGAAGGCCCGCGUGGAGAGUGGCCGUCCGCUAGAAGGCAAGAAGAAGGGUUUCUCUCUUCGUUAA